GAUGUCCCACCAUUCCUUGCAGUGGAAGGUUGCUCCUUGGCGCAGUGAGUGAAGAACAUGCAGCGAUUGCUAAUGGGUUUGGGAAGCGGAGACUCCUUCCUCUUUCUGUGACCAUGCCUUGAUCGCGUCUGCGGCCACCACUCGACGCAUCCUCAUUCCUGCCCGAACGGGGAGCCUGUCGCUAGACCGGGGAAGUGGGUGCCGCGCGUGUGGGCACAGAAACACCAUGAAGAUUAUUUCCCCGAUUCUAAGUAAUCCAGUCUUCAGUCGCACCAUUAAACUCCUGCUCUGCUUACUGUGGAUUGGAUAUUCUCAAGGAACCACACAUGUAUUAAGAUUUGGUGGUAUUUUUGAAUAUGUGGAAUCUGGCCCAAUGGGAGCUGAGGAACUUGCAUUCAGAUUUGCUGUGAACACAAUCAACAGAAACAGAACUUUGUUGCCCAAUACCACCCUAACCUAUGACACUCAGAAGAUAAACCUCUAUGACAGUUUUGAAGCAUCCAAGAAAGCUUGUGAUCAGCUAUCUCUUGGGGUCGCUGCCAUCUUCGGGCCUUCACACAGCUCUUCUGCAAAUGCAGUGCAGUCCAUCUGUAAUGCUCUGGGCGUUCCCCACAUACAGACACGCUGGAAGCACCAGGUGUCAGACAACAAAGAUUCCUUCUAUGUCAGUCUCUACCCAGACUUCUCUUCACUCAGCCGUGCCAUUUUGGACCUGGUGCAAUUUUUCAAGUGGAAAACUGUCACAGUGGUAUAUGAUGACAGCACUGGCCUCAUUCGUUUACAAGAGCUCAUCAAAGCUCCAUCAAGAUACAAUCUUCGACUUAAAAUCCGUCAGUUGCCUGCUGAUACAAAAGAUGCAAAACCCUUACUAAAAGAGAUGAAAAGAGGCAAAGAAUUCCAUGUAAUCUUUGACUGUAGCCAUGAAAUGGCAGCGGGCAUUUUGAAACAGGCAUUAGCUAUGGGAAUGAUGACAGAAUACUAUCAUUAUAUCUUUACCACUCUGGACCUCUUUGCUCUUGAUGUAGAGCCAUACCGAUACAGUGGUGUUAACAUGACAGGGUUCAGAAUAUUAAAUACAGAAAAUACUCAAGUCUCCUCCAUCAUUGAGAAGUGGUCAAUGGAACGGUUGCAGGCACCUCCAAAACCAGAUUCAGGUUUGCUGGAUGGAUUUAUGACGACUGAUGCAGCUCUAAUGUAUGAUGCUGUGCACGUGGUAUCCGUGGCUGUCCAGCAGUUUCCUCAGAUGACAGUCAGUUCCUUACAAUGUAAUCGACACAAACCUUGGCGCUUUGGGACCCGCUUUAUGAGCCUCAUUAAAGAGGCUCACUGGGAGGGCCUCACAGGCAGAAUAACUUUCAAUAAAACCAACGGCUUACGGACAGAUUUUGAUUUGGAUGUGAUCAGCCUCAAGGAAGAAGGUCUUGAAAAGAUUGGAACUUGGGAUCCAGCCAGCGGCCUGAACAUGACAGAAAGUCAAAAGGGAAAGCCAGCCAACAUCACAGAUUCCUUGUCCAAUCGUUCUUUGAUUGUUACCACCAUUUUAGAAGAACCCUAUGUCCUCUUUAAGAAGUCUGACAAACCUCUCUAUGGGAAUGAUCGAUUUGAGGGCUAUUGCAUUGACCUCCUCAGAGAACUAUCUACAAUCCUUGGCUUUACAUAUGAAAUUAGACUUGUGGAGGAUGGGAAAUACGGAGCCCAGGAUGAUGCCAAUGGACAAUGGAAUGGAAUGGUUCGUGAACUAAUUGAUCAUAAAGCUGACCUUGCAGUUGCUCCAUUGGCUAUUACCUACGUUCGAGAGAAGGUCAUCGACUUUUCCAAGCCCUUUAUGACACUUGGAAUAAGUAUUUUGUACCGCAAGCCCAAUGGUACAAACCCAGGCGUCUUCUCCUUCCUGAAUCCUCUCUCCCCUGAUAUCUGGAUGUAUAUUCUGCUGGCUUACUUGGGUGUCAGUUGUGUGCUCUUUGUCAUAGCCAGGUUUAGUCCCUAUGAGUGGUAUAAUCCACACCCUUGCAACCCUGACUCAGACGUGGUGGAAAACAAUUUUACCUUGCUAAAUAGUUUCUGGUUUGGAGUUGGAGCUCUCAUGCAGCAAGGUUCUGAGCUCAUGCCCAAAGCGCUCUCCACCAGGAUAGUGGGAGGCAUUUGGUGGUUUUUCACACUUAUCAUCAUUUCUUCGUAUACUGCUAACUUAGCCGCCUUUCUGACAGUGGAGCGCAUGGAAUCUCCCAUUGACUCUGCUGAUGAUUUAGCAAAACAAACGAAGAUCGAGUAUGGAGCUGUGGAGGACGGAGCCACCAUGACUUUCUUCAAGAAAUCAAAAAUCUCCACAUAUGACAAAAUGUGGGCUUUUAUGAGUAGCAGGAGGCAGUCAGUGCUCGUCAAAAGUAAUGAAGAAGGCAUCCAGCGAGUCCUCACCUCUGAUUAUGCUUUCCUAAUGGAGUCAACAACUAUAGAGUUUGUCACUCAGCGGAAUUGUAACCUGACACAGAUCGGCGGCCUUAUAGACUCCAAAGGUUAUGGCGUUGGCACCCCCAUGGGUUCUCCAUAUCGAGAUAAAAUCACCAUAGCGAUUCUUCAGCUUCAAGAGGAAGGCAAGCUGCACAUGAUGAAGGAGAAGUGGUGGAGGGGCAACGGUUGUCCAGAGGAGGAAAGCAAAGAGGCCAGUGCCCUGGGGGUUCAAAAUAUUGGUGGCAUCUUCAUUGUUCUGGCGGCCGGCUUGGUGCUCUCGGUUUUUGUGGCAGUGGGAGAGUUUUUAUACAAAUCCAAAAAAAACGCUCAAUUGGAAAAGAGGUCCUUCUGUAGCGCCAUGGUAGAAGAACUGAGGAUGUCCCUGAAGUGCCAGCGUCGGUUAAAACACAAGCCACAGGCCCCAGUUAUUGUGAAAACAGAAGAAGUUAUCAACAUGCACACAUUUAAUGACAGAAGGUUACCAGGUAAAGAAACCAUGGCAUAAAGCUGGGAGGCCAAACACCCAAGCACAAACUGUCGUCUUUUUUCCAAACAAUUUAGCGAGAAUGUUUCCUGUGGAAAUAUGCAAUCUGUGCAAAAUAAAAAUGAGUUACCUCAUGCCGCUGUGUCUAUGAACUAGAGACUUUGUGAUCUAAGCAGUUGCAAUGAUCAGACUUGAUUUACAAGCAUCAUGGAUCAACCAAGUUACACGGGGUUACACUGUUAUCAUGGGUUCCUCCCUUCUUCUGAGUGAAUGUCAUAUGCGCAUUUUGUGGCUGGUUUCCAAUGCAGUCCAGAGAGAAAUUA